UAUUUUACAUCGAUACAGGAAACAAAGGAAACACGAUAAUUCCGAUGAAUGAACCAUUGACGUAUAAUCUCAUCUUGAGGAACCGAUACAUCCGAACAAGAAGAAACUCAUACUCUCGACCAUAAUUCGAUAAACAUCGACGAGUAGAGUGUGGAUGUAUAGAGGUGACGAAACCGAUUUUCGCGAUCGAUAAGGAAAAUAGACACGCAACAGCUGUCUGCUGAACUGCUGUAAAUGAGAAGCGUGGUGCUCGUCAACGAGUAAGCAAGAGAAUUAGAAUUUCUGUCGGUCGGAGGAUUAAAAUAAGGAAGAUCGAGAAAGAUGGUGGGAUACGUGAGGUAUUUGUUCGCCAUAAUGAUCUGCAUCGCGAACAUGAUCGUCUACGGGUUGAAGGUCAACAUAGCCGUGGCUGUGGUCGGAAUGGUGAAGCACACGGACGAAAUAUCAGACGCCUCGGACGAAUGUGAUUUCGUUCCUAUAGCAGAAGUGAUCGAUAUAGAGGGUCCGUUCGAAUGGACUUCGACGCAGCGUGGCUUGGCCAUAAGUAUUUAUUUCGCCGGUUAUCUGGUAGGAAUGUUCCCAUGCGGAUAUUUCGCGGAUCGCUUCAACUCGAGGAACGCCCUGCUGAUCUGCGUGCUGGGGAACGCGAUUUUGACACUGAUAGUUCCAGUAGUGGCGCCCGUGUUGUGGCUACUUUACGUCACGAGAUUCGUAAUGGGCGUGGUGAGCGCGCCCAAUCUUCCCAUAGUGGCCAUCAUGGUUGGCAGAUGGGUCGUUUACGAGGAGAAGAGUUUAUGGUUCGGUAUUAUUUAUUCCGGGACGUCGAUCGGCACCGUCAUCUCCAUAUUGACGUCAGGAAUGAUACUGCACGCCCUCGGAUGGGAGGCAGUGUUUUACAUACACGGUGCCCUCUCGUUGAUCUGGUGCGUCGUCUUCCUCGUCUUCUUCCGCGAGAGCCCGGAAACGCAGUAUUACAUAUCGGAGGAGGAGAGGCACUACAUAGUGACCUCGUACGGGCAUCGUGGACUUGAAUCGGUUCACAUGAAGGUGCCGUGGAAGGCCAUCUUCACGUCGGUCCCGUUUCUGGCCCUCAUUUACACCAACACGUUCGGAAACUUUGCCUGGUACUUCCUGCUCACGCAGCUGCCCAUGUACAUGAACAAGAUUCUGAGAUUCGACAUUCAAUCCAACGCAAUUCUGAGCUGUUUGCCGUAUCUCUUGGCCGCAAUAAUGAACCCGAUCUUGGGAAGGUUUCUGGAUUGGGGCAGAGCACGAAAUUAUUGGACCCAAACCGGUGGACGAAAGAUCGCAGUGGGGAUGAGUUGCAUCCCACCCAGUCUUUUCCUGCUUAUUAUCGCCUACAUCGGUUGCUACCGAGUAAUCGCUGUCAUAUUGUUGAUGCUUAGCGUAAUGUUAGGAGGUUCCAUUUUUGUCGGCCAUCUUGCCAACCACAACGACUUGGCGCCCAACUAUGCUGGAAUUUUAAUGGGUAUUACGAAUACUCCGGGAACUAUUUCAGCGUUUAUUUUGCCAGCCAUAGUGGGCGCGCUCACGGAAGCUGGGCAUACCAUGGCACGAUGGAGAUACGUGUUCUGGAUAACAAUUAUUGCACAAAUGUCUGCAUUUGUUGUAUUCACCAUCUUCGGUUCGGCAGAGAUUCAAGAAUGGAAUUACUAUGGGGUAGAAGCGGAAGAAAAUUGAAGCAAACUGAAUUUGUAACACUCUGUGUUUUAUCCCCUUAUUUAUACCAUUUUACAUUUCACUUCGAGUAUAAAUAUAUAUUUUUAUCGAUAUUAUUAUUAUAUAGAUUUUUUCUUUCUUUCUUUUUUACGGAUAUACGACAAUCAAUAAUUUUUAUUUCAACGGUGACAGUACUUGUAAAUUUGUCGAUUGUGUAUCCCGAAAGGAGAGUGUAUCCGAAAGAGAAUUUGGGUUAAGAAUUUGGAUACA